AUGAGACGGCCACUUCUUACUCAACCUGCUCUGCUCAGCAGCAGCAGCCGCACUGGCCUACGCCUUCAGAUUCGCUGCUCGACCUGGCCGCUGCACCGCCGAUUCAGCAGCCUCCUCCCACCGUCAUCGUCAUCGGUAGUUCCCACAGCGCCUUACGACAUCCUCUUUUGCGGUACAGACACCUUCGCCUCUGCCUCUCUCUCCGCACUUCUUUCCCACCGAUUGUUGCUGUGCUCGUCGCUGCACGUGCUGACGCCUGCCGAUGUAGCGCAGAAAUGGGGGGCCAGCCGGAUGAAGGUCUCGCCUGUCAAGAGGGUUGCGCUGGAACACGGGCUACCGCAUCAAGACGUGCCCUCCUCUGGAAUGACUGACUACAUCCCGCCACGAGGCCUGGUGAGCGACAACCCGAAAGCAAUACUGCUUACAUGUUCGUUCGGUCACUUGAUACCGGACGCGCUGCUGGAUGCGUUCCCGAACCCGUGGCAACGCAUCAACAUUCAUCCGUCGCUUCUGCCGCAGUUGAGGGGCGCGGCUCCGAUACAGUGGGCACUGACCAGGAGGAUGACAACGUCAGGAGUGAGCAUUCAGACGCUCGAAAAGGGCAAGUUUGACACAGGGAGGAUCGUCAGCCAGCAAGAGUUUGCCUUUCCACCGCCGAUACCCCAAGCGCGUGCAGCCGGGUUCUUGCAAGUUGAACAGGCCAUGGCACAAAGAGCGGCGGACCUGCUUAUUCGCACACUUCAACACCUUCCAGAACGCUGGGCCAACAGCUGGGAUCAAGACGAAACGCAAAAGACCUAUGCACCCAAACUCAAAGCGCAACAUAGCCUCAUCAAGUGGCACAAGUGGUCCGCAGCCGACAUUGUUGCCCGCGAACAAGGAUUCGCAUACCUCUAUCCCUUGACUACCACCCUCCACCCACCCACAUCAACCUCAUCCUCGCCCUUCCGCCCUGUCAGCAUCACCUUCUCCGACACCUCGACCCUCACCCACUCCACACUGCGCUCGCAAGACCCUGCCAUUGCAGCCGCUUUUCUGUCGUCCGCUGUUCCUGCCGGGUCGGCCGGCUAUUCGCUACCGCUCAACGCUCUCGUCGUCAAGACUCAGGGCGAGGAGGCGUUGGCAGUGCAGACGGUCAAAGUCGCGAGUAAGAAGGCCAAGACGGCUCAGGAAUGGUACAGAGCCUACCGAGACCGCGCUGACCCUGCGAGUGGUCUGUUACGCUUCCAGUAA